AUAUUUGUUCAAAGUAGGGGGACUGCGUGGGUUCUCGUUAUGUAGAAAACCGAAACAAACAUGCUCUGACGCUCGGUGGAGUCACUGCAAAUGUUAUUGCAUAUACUGUAGCCCUCACACUUCAAGAAAUCUAUUAUAAGUAAAAGUAUAAGCAUUGUUUACCCUUUGGGUUGUUGUAUCGUGGAGGAGACUAUUUGAAUUAAUUCGAGAAGGACAAGUGCUCUGAAUGCUCGUGAGGUAAUAAGACCUAGGUUAUACCGACUUUUGAUGUGACGCGAAUAUUGUGCUAGCAUGAUCAAUUCCACAUGAAUAACCUGAAUGACCCUGACUGGAAUAUCAGGCCAGAGAGGCAAGGAGAUGGAGGUGACAGCAGCAAGUGGAACUAUGCCCUCCUGGUGCCUCUGCUGGGGCUCGCUGCUUUUCGAUGGAUCUGGUCCAAGGAGUCUGAGAAAGAAAUCGAAGAUGCCAAGGUCAAGUAUGAAAACACUGUGAAGACAAUCCAGAAGGACCUGGACGUCAAAUACCGACAGACGCUUUCAGAAAACCGCAGGGAAACCGUUCAGCUGGAGCUUGAUCUGGAGAAGGAAAAGCAGCGAGCACAAGGCUACCGACAAGCGCUGGCAUCCCAGAGUCAGAAGCUCCAGGAGGAGCGUCGAGAACUCAGCCUGCAGCGGCAAGCUUUAGAAAACGAGAAAUUAAGAUUACUUCAAGAAGGACCUGGUGCUGCGCUCUUCCACUCGGCUCUGGAGAAGGAAAAAGAGCGCGAGCAGAGGACCACUUUGGCUCUGAAGCAAGUAGAAUACGGCCUGGUGGAAAGACAGAGGGCCUUCUGCAGUAUUUUGGUGCCCCGCGCGAGGAGGGUGGAGAUGGAGAAGGAUCUUCUGGUUCGUACGGCCAAAGAGCCUCUUCUUGCUCAUCUGGAGAUGGAGGAUGGACUCAGGGAUGUUUUUAAGAAUGACCGCAGUUGCGCCGAGUAUCUGAACACAAAUGAACGCAAGAAUGGCAGUCUGAUGUGGCUUUAUCUUAGAUACUGGCAGACGCAGGUCACUCUUCAAACGCACCAGAGAGCCGAGGCUGCUGUACUCGGCAUACAGACUAAAAAGUGACUUUAGUACAGAAAAUUAUGUAUCUGAAUUGAUCCUAUCUCAAAUAAAGGUUUGGUUUUGUGCUAUAC